GUUUCGUGCUGUGAGAUGGCUGUGUUUUUAUUUACAACUUAGCAGUUUAAUUUAAGAUUAUCGGUAAGGUUAUUUUACCGUGGUAUGCAAUAAAAUUAUAACGAAUAUAUGUUCUAUAAUUAAUUUUACACAUAAUUAAGUGCAGGAUUUUUUUAAAAUUUACUGCUAAGCUUGUAUGUUCAGUUCAUAAUUUGAAGGCCUUAGAAAUAUCAAACAAAUGUCGUAAUGUGAGAUCGUAAUGAUGUUUCAUCUCAUUUCCUGUUCAGCUGUAUAGACUCGAUUAUUUGCUUAACAAAGUAUAUAACUUCAAUGCAAAUAAAGUUCAUUUUUUCAUGGCUGUUGAAGAACAUUCUGAAGAGGACAAAGCUCUCCUUGCCAUGUCAGCUGGUUUAAAAAAUGGCCAUAAUGGUGUAUUUUCGCUUGAAAAAUCUCCAUCAGUUAAUGGUUUAUUAAGUGGAAUACAUAUAAAAGAAGCAAAUGGAGUUGAAGAUGAUGAGCUUACAAGCUUGUCCUGGUUACAGGACACUGAUUUGCUUAGUAAAUUUCCAAUGGGAAAUUAUGGGAUUGAUGAAGAAAAUCUCAGUGACAGCCCAUCCAGUGAUUAUUUGGAUGAAGCUGUUGAACAUGUUACUGUCAAUGGAGAAGAGGGUGAGCAAGGUGGUGAUACUAUAUCAACACAUUCGCCUUAUAAUCCUACUCUUCAUGCAGAUUCCAAGCCACCAUUUUCCUUCAGUUGUCUCAUAUUCAUGGCCAUUGAGGAUUCUAUAAAUAAAGCGCUACCUGUCAAAGACAUUUACAAUUGGAUAUUGACUCAUUUUCCAUAUUUUCAAAAUGCUCCAACUGGAUGGAAAAAUUCUGUCAGACACAAUCUGUCGCUGAGCAAGUGCUUCCGUAAAGUUGAAAAGGAGAAAGGACAGGUACUUUUCAUUCUUUAAUAGAUAUCCAAAUUAGAAGUAAAAGAAAAUAUACUUUUUGGUUCUUGAUUAAAUGUAAAGCAAAAAGCGGUAUUUAUGUAUUAUUCCAUCGACCAUUGGCAGAAAUUUUGGCAACAGUCACCAAUUGCUAAUUGCUACUACAGAAUUCUAAAGGACAUGGCCA